AUGAGCGCCUCUCGAUCGAGUUCAGUGGAUGCAGGGCAGGCCUCGUUCGUGCCCAAUCAGCGUGCAGUACGCAUCAACGAUGCAUUGCUUCAGGGGAUUGAUAUUUAUUUCUUACAGUGCGACAACUGCCGAACGAGAAAGAUCAAGUGCGAUAAAUUGAUCCCUUGUUCAAGUUGUAGGGCUUCCAAAACAACCUGCCGGACGACGCAGGAAAAGAAAGACCCCCGCCAAAGGGUGCUCAUCUCCGGCCAAUAUGAGAAGAAGAUCGAUCGAAUCGAAGACCGCCUUGCCUCGAUUGAGAGAAUGUUGCGAGCGCUUACCACUAACAUGGCCGCUACGCAGCACAGCUCCCCGGACUCGGGCAUCUCAGUCGCUCCGUCUGCGCAUGGGUAUGAGGAAGCUCAUCCGCCCCUAGACGAUGAUGUGCCUUUUGAGGGAGAUACGAGUCUCAAUGCACAUUCUGUCUUUGCAAGCCGGCUGCUUGAGCAGAAAGUUGGCAGCGAUGGUUUCACCGGUCAAAAUCCGGAGAUGGCUGCUGCGCUCUCAUCUCUCCGAAAUAUAGUCUCAAAAGGGUUCACCGAGACUGAAGAAUGCCAAUCUGGAGACGCUCCGAGAAGCAAUGCUGGAAAACUUCGACAAACAAGUGUCGAGCGACCUCCACGACGUCUGGUGCUAGAAUUCUUGGAAAGAGCUGAAGCUAACUUGAAUGGCCUUGGCUAUUGCUUUUUUCCUUUCCUGACCGGAAAAAGACUCAGGGACUCAUGUUCGGCCGUUUAUGACAACGAGCAUUGCUCUUCGACUACACAGAUCCUGUUUUAUGGCGGCAUGCAAACGGCUUGCGUUGACUAUCUUAUGGUUAUGCAUGAUGACGCAGCGGAACAGCAAUAUGGGCCACUUGCAGCGUUGUGUAGGCGCAAUUUCGAGGCUCUUUUACUCAACUUGCCCCUUCUCAUGCCAGCUACCAUCGAGAAUGUACAAGCUUUGUUGCUGGGAGGCUGUCACUACAUGGAGCUGUCCAAGCCAUCCUCGUGUUGGACUCUAACUGCCCAUGCCGCAAGUCUUAGCCAAAGUCUCGGCUGCCAUCGAAUCUCCUCUAUGAAUGGCGAUCCAGAAGACGUCAAAGAGAUGAAAAUGUUCCUCUUCUGGUCAAUAUACACCAUUGAUAAGAGCUUAUCUUUGCGAUUGGGUCGCUCGUCAACUAUCCGAGACGACGACAUUUCGAUCCCUCAGCCUGUUCCGGGAGGAUCAUCACCAGCUAUGUGGAAAGAGAUGGUUUGCCAUUGGAUCAAAUUUACAAAGGUGCAAGGACAAGUAUACGAUCAACUGUACAGCCCGGCAGCAUUCGCGGCCAGCCACAAAGAGCGAAUUGAGAGAGCUAGGAUGCUUGUUUUCAGAAUCGGCGAAGUCAAUAAAAGUAAUCAGUCGAAAUUGACCAAGGACCCCAUUCCGGAAGAUGCCAGAAAUAUAUUCUCGCAUGCGGAUCAAGUUACAAUGUACUCAACUUUGACACUCAUAUAUCGCGCCAUUCCUCCACGGUACAACGACCUCUCGAACACCUUCUCGACUGAAUGCAUCGAGUCAGCACGAGCGGCUAUACGACAGCACCUGGAGUGCGCCGACCAGUACAAAAACAAGCAUCCGGAGUACUGGGCCGGCUAUAUCGGAUGGGCUGUCAUGAAUGCACCUUUCACGCCCUUUCUAGUACUUUUCUGUCACGUAAUCACCGUUUACGAGCAAUCAGAUCUAUCACUCCUUUGUGACUUCGUUGCCACUCUCUACUCGCACAAGAAGACUUCUGUGAGUACUGAGAAGCUGCGUCGUCUCUUCGAUGUCUUCUACCGCGUCGCGAAAGUCUACGUGGAGUCCAAAACGCAGGACCUUUACGGCUCGCAGCCGGCUGGAAAUGCAAUUCCGCCGUCGAACGACUUCAUGGACGUGGGUUAUGGAGCGGAAUUCGAUGCUUAUCUGAGCCAGCUUGGCAUGGCGCCGAACCCGGUUUAUCCGAACACGGCGCAGGAGAACGAAUUUGAUGCUUCCACGAAUCUGCAAGAGUGGUUCUCCGGCAAUCAGUAUAUUAUGGGAUUGCUCGAGCAGGAUCUUACGAACAUUGACAUGCCAUGAAGAUGCUUCAAUCAACGAUUCAGGCCUACGAGCUUCAUGACCGA